GAUUGAUCACUAACCACCAUGGGUCGAUAGAGAGGCAGGCACUGUUAAUUUCACACGAGCGUCAUUCUGCAUUGGAAGCCCACUGUCGGUGCGGCUACGGCAAUGAAAUUAAUCAUACCGUCAAUUCAUCUUUGUUUUUUUGUCCUCGCUGAUGAUGCUCGUGGUGCCGGUGGGCGAGGCCGUGGCCGUGCUCUUCAUGGAGAAGUGGGGCCGGGUGCGCGCGCUGCAGCUCGCCCUCGUGCCCUUCUGCGUGGGCUCCAUCGUCAUCGCCCUCGCCGACUCCUUCAGCCUCAUCCUGGUGGGCAAGGUGCUGGUCGGCGUGUCCCUGGCGGUGGGCACGAGUCCAGCCUCCAUCUACGUGACGGAGGUGGCGCGGCCGGACCUGCGGGGCGCGCUCAUCACGGCAGGGCCACUCAUCGGAGCAGCAGGCCUGCUCAUCGCGUACGCGGCCGGCGCCGUGGUGGCGUGGCGCGGCGUGUCGUGGUGCUGCUGCGCCGUGGCCGCCGUGCCGCUGGUGCUGCUCACCUUCUGCUGCCCCGAGAGCCCCGUGUGGCUCGUGCAGACCGGCCAGCUCGAGAAGGCGGAGCGCAGCCUGCGCCGGCUCGCGCCCACCGACUGCAGCAAGGAGGAGUACGCCGCCCGCGAGCUCCAGGCGCUGGUCCUGACGACCCGUCGGCGCGGAGGUGCUACCGUCUGCGCCGACGGCGUCACCGCCGCGCCUCGCCGCAGCCUCUACACGCGCAGCGUGCACGCCCUCAAGAAGGGCACGACGGCGCUGCUGCGGACCCGCUCCGCCCGCCGCCCGCUCUGGCUGCUCUGCGUCCUCAUGCUGCUGCAGCAGUUCAGCGGCUCCUACGUCCUGCUCUUCUACGCCGUCACCUUCUUCCAGGACGUGCAGAGCUCCGUGGACGACUACACGGCGGCGGCGCUGGUGGGGCUGCUGCGGCUGGUCAUGGCCGUGGUCACGCUGCCGCUGCUCUCGCGCUUCGGCCGGCGCCAGCUGCUCAUCUGGAGCGCGGCCAUCAUGUGCGCCUCCAUGCUCACCUCGGGCUUCUUCAGCCGGCGCUGGCCCGGGGCGGCCGCGGCGGCGGGCUCGGCGGCCGGCGGCGGCGGCGUCGACGACCUGGAGGGCCUCAACCUCGAGGACCUGGGCCACAUCGGCGGCGCGCGCUGGGUGCCGCCGCUGUGCGUGCUCGUGUACGUAUGCUCGUCGUGCAUCGGCGUGCUCAGCGUGCCGUGGAUCCUGGCCGCCGAGCUGUUCCCGCAGGAGGUGCGCGGCACGGGGCAGGCCGUCAUCCUCUCGCUCGCGCACGUCUUCAUGUUCGCCGCGCUGCAGUCGUACCGCGAGCUCAACGCCUGGCUGGGAUCCGACGGCGUGCAGUGGCUGUACGCGACCGUGUGCGCGGCCACGGUCCUCUUCGUGUGGCUGGUGGUGCCCGAGACGCAGAGCCGCACCGGCGAGCAGAUCGAGACCUUCUUCGAGAACCACAUCCUGUACAUGGGCCGGGCGAGGAUCUCGAAGAAGGGCGGCAAGGGCGAGGCCGCCGAGGAGGUCGGGUGCGGUGCGCCGGCCAAGGGCGAGGACGCGCCCGGGAAGGCCAACGACAUCUUCUUCCUCGAGUGCCGCGAAGAGCCCGAGGGCGCCGUCGAGGAGAGCUCGUGCGUCACGCACUUGUAGGAGAGGCCCACGCUCGGGGUCGAGCCUUAGCGCCCCGAGCGGCCAAGCGCUCUCCGAAAUAGACUUUUACAUGUAAAUUUAAACGCGAGGAAGGUGCUCUCGAAAACAAAACUCAUCUCUAAGUAUGAAAGCUAUCCUCCUCAUGUGUUAUGUGUCUGAGAAAACGCAUGGCUGUCAACCAUGUCAAUGUAUGUACUGUACCUUUUUGUAUUAUGUGUCUCUGUGAUUCGAUCACGAACAACUCCCUGAAAUGUCUCAUAUACUCUACUUUGUACUCCACUUUGCCAAAACAUCUUUUGUAUGAAAACGAAUAAAAUGUUAUUUCUAGUACAA